AUGUGCGGCCAGCAGCAGUACAUCUCAGGGGUCUGUGCCAACGUCAGCUCUUCCUUCCAGAUCCUCAACUCCAUAGCUCCCGCGGUGCAAGAAUGUGCGAAAGAGCUGGACAUCGUAAUCGUCCUGGAUGGAUCGAACAGCAUCUACCCGUGGUCUGGCAUCACGGACUUUCUAGAGCGGUUUCUUUCAAAGAUAGUUAUUGGACCCAACCUUUCUCAAGUGGGUAUUGUGUCCUAUGGUGAGACAGUGACUCAUAACGUCAACCUCAGUCAGUUUGACAACACUCAGGACCUGGUGAAGUUUGUGAAAGAGCUCCCACAGCAAACCGGGUUCAAGACCAUGACGUUUCUGGGCAUCGACACGGCGAGGAAAGAAGCCUUUAUGGCCGAACGCGGAGCUCGACCGGGAGUGAAGAAAGUGCUGGUGACGGUGACGGACGGAGAGUCACAUGACUUUUACAACAUGAACCGUGUCAUCGCCGGCUGCGAAGACGAUGACAUCGAGAGGUUUGGCAUCGCUGUGUUGGGAGACUACAAUCGACAAAACAAGACUCCAGAGGAAGUACGGAAGUUUAUCAAAGAGAUAGAAUCCAUCUCCAGUCCGCCGCUGCACGACCACUUCUUCAACGUCUCCGAUGAGUUUGCUCUGCUCAGCAUCGUGGACGCUCUGGGAAGCAGGAUCUUUGCUCUGGAGGGUGAAUACCGUGAAGUGCUCACUCCUUCACUGAUUCUGAUUGGCUCUCCGUUGUCGGGGCAACCGGCCAGACGCACGGGAGACGUCUACAAAUGUCCUGUUCAUGACGGAGAGAAUAAAUGCAUCAAGCUUGAGUUGCCAAAAAACACGACCGUUCCCAACCUCAACGAAGUCAAAGAGAACAUGACCAUGGGAACCACGCUGGUGACCAAUCCCAAUGGAGGAUUUCUGUGCGGACCUUUGGACGGAGCCGGUCCCUCUGUGGUUAUGAGAAAGUUCUGUACAUGUGUACCCUCUCUGCAUCCGUUUGUGUAA